AUGGGCAAUCUCUGCAGCUGCAGGCAACCAUGGAAUUGUCCUUCGCCUUUUAAAAGAAAGAAAGAAAAGCAAGGAACUAAUGUGAGACAUGACAGCCAACAGCAUCAGCCUGGCAGGAAGGCUCCAACAUACGAAGAUGUCCCGGAGUUUCCUGUCUACGCCACCGUGAGUAAACCCAGGAGUGUGAAGCAGGAUGACAGCAUUCAUUACGCAGACAUCCAAGUGUUCACCAAGGUCCGGGAGCGCUCUGCAGCAGAGGUGAAGAACUUACAAAUGCAGAAUGCCACAGAGUAUGCCACCCUCAACUUCCCCCGGCCCAGGCUGAAAUAUGACAGUAAGAAUGGGACCCUGGUAUAA